GUUUUGUUUUCUUGUUUUUAUUUAACUAUUUUCCUGUCCUGUCUGUCUCUCAUCUUCCUGCAUCUCCUCUUAAUUCUCCAGAAAAUCUGUUGCCUGGAUUCUUACCUUUUCACCUCAUCAGUUACUUUUGAGCAGAUCAAAGGGAUCUCCUGACCACACAGAGGAGAGCGCGUUUUCGAUGCUGCGUGAGGUGACAUCACCACAGCACAGGCUGUGGUGGAAUGAGCAGUGUGUGUGUGUUGAAGAGGAAAGAAGUGCUCUGGCAGGAUUCAUUCAGCCCCCACCAUAGAAGUACGUCUCCCAGCAUGCCUGUGGUGCUGAGUAGUGGAGGACAUGCCCCCCCAACUGGACCACCACCCCAGGCCACGCCCCCCAGCCAGCAGGGCGUGGCGGGCGCUGGACGUUCCCAGGAUGAUGCCAUGGUGGAUUAUUUCUUCCAGCGGCAGCACGGAGAACAGCCUGGCAAACACCGCUGGCCCACCGGAGACAACAUCCAUGACAGUCAGGUGCGUUCCAUGGACGAACUGAACCACGACUUCCAGGCCCUGGCGUUGGAGGGACGCACCAUGGGAGAACAGCUCCUAACUAAGAAGUUCUGGGACACGGACGACUCGGGCAAGGACGGACCAAAAGGGAUCUUCUUGGACCAGUGGAGGGACAGCGCGUGGGGCGCCUCAGAUCACUCGGUGUCUCAGCCAAUCAUGGUGUCGCGUCGGCCGGGGCAGGGUUUCCACGGCGGGGGUGAGGUUGGCGUGGGCUCGGUGAUGUCACCGCGGUCGGAAAGCGGCGGACUGGGAGUCAGCAUGGUGGAGUACGUUUUGUCGUCCUCGCCGGCCGACAAACUGGAUUCCUGCCUGCGGAAAGGACCAUACGGACAGCGGGACGGGGAGGUGGAGGAGGAGAAGAGGGAGAAGCCCAAGACGUCGUUCGAAGGCGAGAAGCUGAAGGAGUUGACGGAAAGUCAAUCCGAUGUCAUUGGUGAUGUCAUCAAUCCUAACGGGCUGCCCGUACAGAACGGCCUCGACGUCGAUGUGAAGGAGUUUGGGCGCCCAGCGGGCAACAUGCCCCCCACCGGGCCCGAAGGCGACCUGCUGGGGGGCCCCGGAGGCGUCGGGGCCGAAGGCUUGGCGCCCCUUGUAGGUAGCGGAGGGCCCAAACCUCCAGAGGACUUCUCCGGCGUGGAGCAAGGUGGCGUCACCAUGGAUCAGAUGGAGUCUGUAAUGGAGCCGCUCCAGUUUGACUACAACUCCCAGAUGCCCAUGGACUCUGCGCCCACCGUGGGCCUGUUUGAUUACACCAACCAGCAGCAGCUGUUCCAGAGGAACAACGCCCUGGCGGUGCAGCAGCUAACAGCAGCCCAGCAGCAGCAGUACGCUCUGGCGGCGGCGCAGCAGCCCCACAUCGGUCUGUCUCCUGCGUUUGUGCCCAACCCCUACAUCAUCAGCGCUGCUCCGCCGGGGACGGACCCCUACGCAGCCGGGCUGGCUGCAGCGGCCACGCUCGGGCCGGCGGUGAUGCCGCCGCAGUACUACGGCGUGACCCCCUGGGGGGUCUACCCAGCCAACCUUUUCCAGCAGCAGGCGGCUGCAGCCAACAGUUCAGCCAAUCAGCAAGCAGCAGGCCAGGGCCAGCAGAACCAGCAGCAGGUGAUGCGAGCUGGGGGAAACCAGCGCCCUUUGACCCCCAGCCAAGGCCAGCAGGGUCAGCAGAAUGACCAGCUGGUUGCAGCAGCAGCGGUAAACUCCGCCCUCGCCUUUGGGCAAGGCUUAGCAGCGGGGGUCCCUGGCUACCCGGUCCUGGCACCUGCAGCCUACUACGAUCCGACGGGGGCGUUGGUUGUGAACACCGGGGCCCGGAGCGGCCCCGUCCGCCUUAUGGCUCCUGCCUCCGUCAUCUUAUCUCCUUCUGCAGCACAAGCAGUGGCAGCAGCAGCAGCCUCUGCAGGUGGUGCCAACGGGGGUCUGGGCGGAGGAGCCAACGGUCCGUUCCGUGCCAUGACUUCCCAGCAGCCUCAGCAGCAGGGGGGCCCUGGCGGCGCUCUGGGAGGAAGUUCCUUCUACGGCUCCUCGUCCCUCAGCUCAUCCUCCCAGAGCUCCUCUCUCUUCUCACAAGGUUCCGCUCAGCCUGGACCCGGUUCUGCCUCUCUGGGCUUCAGCCAGCCCACCUCAUCCUCCCUCGGCGCCACGCUCGGGGCCACACUGGGGGGCUUUGGCACCGCAGUGGCCAACUCGAGUGGAGGCAGCGGCUCCAGGAGGGACUCCCUGACCGGCAACAGUGAGCUGUACAAGCGCACCCCCUCCAGCCUCACCCCCAUAGGUCACGGAGGCUUUUAUAACGGCACUCUGGGCUUCAGUCCAUCCCCCGGUCCCGUGGGAAUGCCCCUUCCCAACCAGGGGCCGUCCCACUCCCUCACACCCCCACCCUCCCUGUCCAACCACAGCUCUUCGUCCAACCUCAACCUUGGAGGCCUGACCAACGGCAGCGGCCGCUUCAUCUCUGCUGCUCCAGGGGCGGAGGCCAAGUACCGCAGCGCCGCCAGCUCGGGCUCCUCCCUCUUCUCUCCUAGCAGCCAGCUUUUCCCGUCGUCACGGUUACGCUACGGCAUGUCGGACGUGAUGCCCUCGGGUCGCAGCCGCCUUCUGGAGGACUUCAGGAACAACCGCUACCCCAACCUGCAGCUCAGAGACAUCGCCGGUCACAUCAUGGAGUUCAGUCAGGACCAGCACGGCAGCAGGUUCAUCCAGUUGAAACUGGAGCGAGCGAGUUCGGCCGAGCGCCAGCUCGUCUUCAGUGAGAUCCUGCAAGCGGCCUAUCAGCUCAUGGUGGACGUGUUUGGAAAUUACGUCAUCCAGAAGUUCUUCGAGUUUGGCAGCCUGGACCAGAAGCUGGCUCUGGCCGAACGAAUCCGAGGCCACGUGCUGUCUCUGGCCCUGCAGAUGUACGGCUGCAGGGUCAUUCAGAAAGCUCUGGAGUUCAUCCCCUCAGACCAGCAGGUCAUCAGCGACAUGGUGCGGGAGCUGGACGGCCAUGUGCUGAAGUGCGUGAAGGACCAGAACGGGAACCACGUGGUGCAGAAGUGCAUCGAGUGUGUCCAGCCGCACGCGCUGCACUUCAUCAUCGAGGCCUUUAAGGGACAGGUCUUCGCCCUUUCCACUCACCCGUACGGCUGCAGGGUCAUCCAGCGCAUCCUCGAACACUGCCUUCCCGAACAGACGCUGCCUAUUCUAGAGGAGCUGCAUCAACACACAGAGCAGCUAGUGCAGGACCAGUAUGGGAACUACGUGAUCCAGCACGUUCUGGAGCACGGCCGAGCCGAGGACAAGAGCAAAAUCGUUGCAGAGAUCCGAGGCAACGUUCUGGGACUGAGCCAGCACAAGUUUGCCAGUAAUGUGGUGGAGAAGUGUGUGACGCACGCGUCCCGGGCAGAACGCGCCCUGCUCAUAGACGAGGUGUGCAGCCUGACGGAGGGCCCCCACAGUGCCUUAUACACCAUGAUGAAGGAUCAGUACGCCAACUACGUGGUACAGAAGAUGAUCGACGUGGCCGAACCCACGCAGCGGAAAAUCGUAAUGCAUAAGAUCCGGCCCCACAUUCAGACUCUGAGGAAGUACACGUACGGAAAACACAUCCUUGCCAAGCUGGAGAAGUACUACAUGAAGAACGGCGUGGAUCUGGGUCCCCUCUGUGGCCCCCCUAACGGCAUCAUGUAACAACCCCCCCCCCCCCCCCCCCCCCCCCCAACUCACCUUUCUCUAUCCCGUGUCCUCCACCCUGCUGUCUAUCAGACACUUCAAAUAUCCCCCCCCCCCUCACUGAAGAUGCAGAGUACCCCUCACACCGCUGUUUCCAUGACAACCCUUCCGAAGGAGCUUGUUCCUACAGGCAGCCUUAGAUUUUGGUCUUUUCGUCACCCCUCCCCCACCCGAGUUUAGGCCUGCUGAACUGGGGCAAGCAGGGCAUGUGGGGGGUGGGGGGGGGGGAGAGGGAGGUGAAACCCAGUCUACUCAUCGCUUCACUCGUCUUUUUUCUUCCCUUCCUUUAUCCCCUCUUUUUGUUGUUUCUCAUGAACUGAAAAAAAAUUCACCUUUUGCUACUGCUGCACCCCCCCCCCCCCCCCCCCCCCCCCGAUAUUUACCACUAUGAGAGUAUUUAAUUUGUCUCACACACACACACACACACGCGCGCGCACACACACACGCAGCUUAACCAGCAGACAGAUCAUUUAGCAUGGGAGAUUCGUUUUCUGGUCUUGCUUCUAUAAAUAUAACGUGUAUACUUGGUGUAGACCUUUGCAUAUAUAUAUAAAUAUAUAUAUAAAACUUUGUAGUUUUUCUGGUUUUUGAUGUUGAUUCUGUAUCUAUAAUGUAUCCUAGUAGUGACCACAUACUUCUGACUGUAUAAUUGUACAUUUGUAAACCCUUGUAAUGUAAAAGUGCUUUACCACCCUUUUUUGGUAUGAGAAGAAAACGAAACGGUAAAAAAAAUUCACUCUAGAAAAAAAAAAACUGCAUUUCAUUGUAUAUUCUCGCCUCAUUGGUUGUGACAUAUGAGUUGUUGUAUAUUGUAAAUUGUAGUAUAAAUUUUUUGUUUUGAAAAGCCCUUUCUAUUCAGCGUAGUACCUGUACAAAGAUUCGCCACGCUUGGUUUUAUCUUUCUCGUCACUGAUAACUUCAGAACCCGCGGAUCUCCCACUGGCUCCUGAUUGGACGGAUUCUGUUAGACUUAGUGGUGUCUUCUGAGUUUUUGACUUUUUAUUAAAAAAAAUCUUUUAUAGGAGUGCUUUACCCCCUGAGAUGUUUGCGUACGGGUUUACCGACCGGGUGGGAGGAGUGAAUUUUACUCAUAAGCCCCUCCCCCUUUGCUUCCCGAAGCCCUUGACUUACCCAUGAUGCUUCAGGGGUAAAUCCACGGAUUGUACAGAGGAGGUUUCGGUUCAUUUUCUCUCUCGUGCUGUAAGUGCUGUAUCAUACGUGUCCUUUUGGGUGAGAGCGGCGCCGUGUACAUUUGAAGCAGCCUUGUGUAUAUUUACUACGAGCACACCUGUAACCAUAUGUGUAUAGUUAACAGAACCUGUGUAUGCUUAUUGCCUGGGCAACUAUUUUUUGUAACUCCUGUUGUAGAUUGUCUCCUAAACAAUUGUGUGAUCUUUAUUUUGAAACCAAACUGAACAAAACAAACAAAAAAAAACUUUGAAAAUUUAA